CCAGCGACACGAUAAAGAGAAACUCCUGUCUUGCAUUAGUGCCUUGCAUCAAAUAUGCCAAAGAUUCUCCGGAAAUGGUACGAGCAUUCGUGGGUGGAUUGGAGCUUACUGUCAGUCUUCUUGAAAGCUCCAACACCGAAGUACUCAGCGCGGUGUGCGCCACUAUUGCUGAAAUCGCUAAAGAUCCAGAGAAUUUAGGUAUUCUUAGCGACCAUGGUGUGGUGGAUGAACUGACCAAGCUCGUGAGCACGGUAAUUCUUCUAAUUUUUAAUCAGGAUACACUCUAUUUGGGAAAAUGAAGGAUCCUCGAUGCUGUGGU